AUGUCUGACCAAAGCACUGAUUGGGUUGAUCACCUAAAGCCCGCCGCCCCAGAUGGCGCGACAACGAUAGCAACAGAGCGCGACCGAUCCAACAUCAACAUUAUUUCCCUAGCUCAACAUUUACUGGGAGAUGAGUUCCUCGCCCGCCAGGAUCGAAUCUUGUCCCAAAUCAAGCCAGACCCUUUAUUCUCGAAGGAUAGACAGGCGAACCUCGGUCGCCCAGAACGAUAUAUGCUUGGUUUGGCGCGUGCAAAACGCUUGCGACAGAUGGCCGACAAAUACAACUGGUCCGAUGAAGAUCAUGAAGCGGCAAAGUAUCUCGUUGACGACAUCUCUCCCUACCAAUUGCACCAAACAAUGUUCCGUCAAACCCUUAUUGAGCAAACCAACCCAGAGCAGCGGAAGUAUUGGCUCGAUCUUCACAAAUCAUGGACGAUUAUCGGGGCAUAUGCGCAGACUGAGCUCGGCCAUGGAAGCAAUGUUAGUGGUAUUGAAUUGACUGCUCGCUGGGAUCCCAAGACCAAAGAAUUCGUUCUCCACUCUCCCACUCUUACAGCCAGCAAGUGGUGGAAUGGCUCGCUGGGUAGAACUGCAACACACUCGAUUGUUGCGGCGCAGCUACUUCUACCAGACGCCGUUGAUAGCGAAGGCAAGACUGUCUACAAGAACUAUGGUGUUCACAUGUUUGUAACGCGUGUUCGGGAUGCCGAAACCCACAAACCGCUGCCCGGAAUUGUAAUUGGGGAUAUCGGGCCGAAGUAUGGUUAUGCCUCUAUGGAUAAUGCAUAUAUGCUUUUCAACAACUUCCGGUUUGUCUCUCCAGCCUCCAUUUGGUGUCACCAGAUCGAUGAUCAAAAAUGGAAGUCUCUAACAUUGACAAGUAUCCCGCACAAUGCUAUGCUCAGUCGCUACAGUCAGGUGGACCCAAAAACAGGGGAAUACCACAAGCCUGAGAACCCGGCAGUGGUUUACGGCUCUAUGACUCAUGUGAGUGCUACCAUGCAUCUGUGCAUGUCCAGUUCAAGUUUGCUUACCAUAGCUCAGGCUCGAAAGCGCAUCACUAUGGCAGCACGACUCGCAUUAGCACGAGCCGUGACUGUUGCCGUUCGAUACUGUUCGAUCCGACGACAGUUCCGUGACAAGGAGACUACAUCUCCCGGGGCCCUCGAAACAGCAGUCUUGGAUUACCCAACCGUCCAAAUCCGGCUUCUUCCUCUCCUUGCUACCACAUACGCUCUUCAUUACACCGGCGAACGCAUGGGACAAAUUUAUGAAGCCACACGAUCGAAUAUUGAUGGAGGCGACCUGUCUUCUCUCAUCGACCUUCACAGUCUUUCUUCUGGUCUGAAGAGCCUAGCAAGCGAGUUGGCUGCGAAUGGUAUUGAGACCUGCCGCCGAUCGAUGGGUGGCCACGGAUAUGGUGGAGGAACUGGCCUUGUGCAGCUGAAUGCGGACUAUCUGUCAAAGCCUACUGUUGAGGGUGAUAACUGGAUGAUCACCCAGCAGAUGGCUCGCUACCUGAUCAAGAAGGUGUCAGUGGUUUCUGCUUCAUCCGCCACCUUUGUGCCAUCCAAUCGAACCGAGAGUGUUUUGCUGGAUUUCCACAAGUCUAAGGCUACAGGCUUCAGUCCGUUGAAUCUAUUUGGCGAUGAUCGGGAUUUGGUUCUCGCUUUCGAGAGACGCGCAGCCUUCCUCAGUUUCGAGGCGCACAACUGCCACCAAAUCCAGAAGCGGAGUUGGAAGUCUCUAUUGAUUCAGAUGCACCAGCUAAGCCAUGCUCAAUCCGAGCUUGUUUUGGUCUACAAUUUUUUCGACAGCCUUACCGCUGAUACAACCUUGCCAUCCGAGACUCGGGAUGUCCUUUGGCUUAACUUCCGCCUAUUCGCCCUAUACACCAUGGGCAAGUCUACUCGGGACUUCGCUCGGGCUGGUGCAGUCUUGGAUACUGAUCUCGACGCGAUCCCCGAUACAAUCGUUAACCUUAUGCAACAAAUCCGACCUCACGCGGUCCGUCUUGUUGAUGCAUGGUCUAUUCCGGAUUAUUUACUUGAUAGUGCCUUGGGUCGCUCGGAUGGCAAGGUGUAUGAAGAUCUGUUCAAUCGAGCCCAUCGUCUGAAUCCCUUGAACGAGCUUACAUUCAACUAUGAUUACCGCUCUGAUGAAAUUGUCAAAGGGUCGAAUGAUGGUGGCAUGAUUUUGUCAAAGUUGUGA